GAUACAAUGUCGACGACAUGGAAAUAUUGGGUGAACACUCUACCUGAUCUGAAGGCAGUUCGUAUAUGUCGUACAUACUCUGAGAAAGGCUUUACGCAACAUCCGAGUAGUGUCCACAUCUUCUCAGAUGCUUCAGAACAAGCAAUUGCUGCGGUGGCUUAUUUACUCACCUUUGAAUCCGACACCCCACAAAUUGGGUUCCUAUUGGGCAAGUCUAAGGUUGCACCCAUUGCCGGACACACCAUCCCCAGGUUGGAACUAUGCGCUGCAGUCAUGGCCGUAGAAAUAGCACAAACUGUAGCAGAACACUUGGGAAUUUCUAUUGAGACAUUUACAUUUCACACAGACAGUAGGGUUGUCCUAGGGUACAUCAACAACAACACGCGCAGAUUUCAUACUUAUGUCAGCAAUCGUGUAGAGCAAAUACGACGUUCAACCAAACCAGCACAGUGGCGAUACGUUUGUACCAAACUGAACCCAUCUGACUGCGCUACCCGUGGUCUUGCAGCAUCAGACCUUUUGAAUAGUGCUUGGCUCCAAGGACCCACACAUUUGACCAGUGAGAACAGUGUUGACAGCGAAACGUAUCAUCUUUUCGAACCAGAACACGACAAAGAGUUGAGAGUCGAUGUCAAUGUCUCUAAGUCAGCAAUUAAAAGCCGUCUUGGUUCUGAACGCUUUUCGCGUUUCUCUGAGUGGAGGCGCCUAGUGCAAGCUAUCGCAUACCUUCAACACUUUGUGGAAAAGGACCAAGCAAAAUCUCAACGGAAAGAGGUACCAUCGUACCAAAAGGCCGAAAAGUUCAUCAUCAAAGUAGUCCAAGCCGAGAGCUAUUUGAAGGAACUAGACUGCUUCAAGUUAGGAAAGCCAGUUUCCAAGCAAAGUCAUAUACUGCAACUAGACCCGUAUCUAGACGAAGACGGUUUGUUGAGAGUAGGAGGUCGCUUGAGUCGGAGUAGUCUUUCUACUUGUGAGAAAAACCCAAUAAUCAUACCAGGUGAUCAUCACAUUUCAGUCUUACUAAUACGCCAUUAUCACGAGAGCGUGCAACACAAGGGAAGACAUUUCACUGCAGGUGCUGUCAGGAAGGCCGGAUUCUGGAACACUGGGGGUAGUGGGCGAGUUUCAUCGUUCAUAUUCAAGUGCGUCAAGUGCCGCAAGCUUCGGGGCAAUCUGCAAACACAGAAGAUGGCUGAACUACCUUCCUGCAGACUCAGUGAAGCACUACCAUUUACUUACGUAGGUGUAGAUACAUUUGGCCCAUGGCAGGUUUCUACCAGACGCACUAGAGGAGGACAGGCAAGCAGUAAGCGAUGGGCAGUGCUUUUCACUUGUAUGACUGUUCGUGCGAUUCACAUCGAAGUGGUCAAAGAGCUUUCGUCAUCUGCAUUCAUCAACGCUUUGCGUCGCUUUGUUUCCAUUCGUGGCAAGGUCAAUGAGUUCUUUUCCGAUAGAGGUACAAAUUUCGUUGGGGCUGUCGACGAACUCAAUAUGAAGGCAAUACAAGUAGAACAAGGAGAUGUGAAAAGGUUCUUGUAUGAUAAUGGUGUUGUAUGGAAAUUUAACACACCCCACAGCUCCCACAUGGGCGGUGCCUGGGAGCGCAUGAUUGGUGUUGUUCGUCGCAUAUUGGAUUCGAUGCUAAGUGACGUCAAGAAUCUGACUCAUGACGUCAUUGUGAUACUAAUGGCCGAAGCUUGUGCCAUUGUUAAUUCACGCCCAUUGGUACCUGUCUCUAAUGACUCUGACGUACCCGAAGUGUUAUCUCCGUCUACGAUACUUACCUCAAAGACCGGCACAGAUGAACAACCCCUGGGUCAGAUGGAUGUCAAGGACAUGCUACGUAGUCAGUGGAAACGAGUCAAACAUCUUGCAGAUACAUUCUGGUGUCGUUGGCGGAAGGAGUAUUUACAGACAUUACAGCCGAGGAGGAAGUGGAACCACGAUGAAGAUAAUAUUCGUGUUGGUGACAUUGUUUUGCUGAGAGACAAAUCGGUCAGUCGUAUUUACUGGCCUAUCGCUCGUGUUAACAAAGUGUUCCCUAGUUCAGAUGAGAAAGUUCGUAAAGAAGUAUUGGUCUACAAAGAUGACAAACUAGUGAGCUAUGUUCGACCAAUUGUUGAGAUGGUAUUACUUGUUAAUGCCGAGUGAUUUAAGUUCAACUUGUAUUAACACUGCCAUUUAUGUGACUUUUCAAAUAGAUAUGGAUUUUAUGUGUUGUAUUUUGAUUAAGGUUCAUAUUUGACAUCCUAAAAGUAUUUUCCUAUACUGAAUCAAUGUAAAUAAGAUUUCAGUGUGUUUUUUAAUUGCAAGUGCGUACAGUGGUUUACAUACUUUAUACUAAAUCCAGAUUGUUAGGAAUCACCUUGUACACAUAAGACUAAGUACACCUUAGGUCAGGUUUCAUGUACUUAUAUUUGAGGUUGAUUAUCAUUGUGUAGCAUUUAGUAACAUGUCAGUUUUAUGUCGAACUCUAUGUAACUGUACGUUUAUGUUCGUUAUACAGUAUUACACUUUAAGUCGCUAGUCGACGUGUGUGUGUUACAAAAGAGUCGUGUUUGUUUGAUUUGAGUUGUACCCUCAUAUAUUAUUAAUGGGUGAUAUUAGUUAAAUAUCAGAAGGGGAGUGUUCUGAACCCCUGUCGAUCUUCACAGUUUAUAGAAGAAAACUAAUAGUGCUGUGUAACCUUUGAAAAUGGUAUGAAUUUAUUCACUCAACUUGUACUUACUUUAAUGGAUGAAAUUUUCCCGCAAUCUCAAUUUUAGUCAAUUCUUGCCCCCUCACAGUUCUUUUACCGUUUGAUUCAUCAAUAAAGGGUUACACUAUCUGCACUCUUGAGUAAUACGUGCCCCCGGUACCGCUAUAAAAUAGAGCUGGCAGAAAAAUCACAGGUCGAGACUUCUUUUCAUCUGUUCACCAACAUUACUUCUGCCUCAUCAGAUGAUGCUGAAAGAAGUUAACAUGAUAACUUUACAAUCAUAUUUAUAAAUUAUCAUGUCUAUUUAUUUGUUUAUUGUACAUGUAAUAUUAUGUAUCCUAUCUUGUCUAGUAUGCAUACGAUCUUAGUUUUUAGUAUAUAUAUCUGUUGUUAAGUUUUUCCUUCCUCUUUCUAGCUAUUAUUAAAUCAUCAGUUUCUAUAAUACAUUAUGUUAAAAAAAGCUCUGAAAAAAGCUUAUGUUAAUUGUAUCUUGCCUUGCAAACUUGAAAUAAAUCUUACCUUAUCUUG